UUCCCCUGAUCAUCUAAAUCCCCCGCACACAAUGUCUUUGCUCUCACUUCCUCUCCCACUCCCAAUUCCCCACAGCUCAAAACCCCAUUACACCACUCUUCGUCUACACAAUUCUCGAACUUUCCACUUCCACAAAAACCUUAGGCUCUCCGUUCGGGCCUCCGGCGUCCCCGUUCAACGGAACUCGGCGACAUUGCCGGCGUCCGGCGAAUUUCUCCGUCAAAUUGCUGCUUCUACCGUUCUUUUUAUCAGUUUGGGUUCGGCCCUUUUGUCCUUUCCAGCUGUUGCUACUACUCACGUUCCUCCUCAAGUCCCUUCUCUAACUCAGCUUCAGGACCAAGAAUCUCAAGGCACUGAAGUUGGAAAAUCGGAAAAUAUGGAAGAUAUUGAUGAUGAAGAGCUUCAAGCGGCAUUUGAGAAAUGGAAGUCUAAGACGUAUGCUUUGACUGUCCCUCUAAGAAUUGUUUCUCUUAGUAACUCUUUUCCUCCUGUAUGGCUCAAGGAUUUCUUGCGAUCUCAAGGGAAGAGAUUGAGAUUACGUUCUGAGUUUCGUCAAAGCCUGCAAGACAUCUUUCAUGAACUUUGUAUGCCUAGUCGGAAAGGAAAAGUUAAUCCUAAAUCUGCUUUGGCAGCUGAUGUUGUCACUGUUGGUGAUACCUGGCUCAGUUAUGCCAUUGAGAAGAGGUUAAUCGAGCCGAUGCAUGGUUUAGAAGAUCAAGAUUGGUUUGAAAAGUUAAGUGACAAAUGGAAGGUAUAUUUGCGCAGGAGCGAUGAAGGGAAAUUGGAUUCUCGUGGUAGGAUAUGGGCAGCUCCAUAUAGAUGGGGAAGCAUAGUGAUAGCUUACAAGAAAAGCGAAUUUCAAAAGCGUAAAAUGGCUCCUAUAGAGGACUGGGCUGAUCUAUGGCGACCUGAACUUGCUGGAAAAAUUUCAAUGGUUGAUUCACCACGAGAGAUCGUGGGUGCAGUCUUAAAGUAUAUGGGGGCAUCAUACAACACAACCGACAUGUCUGAAGUCGUUGGUGGAAGAGAGGCUGUGCAGCAGAAUCUUGCAUCACUUGUUAAACAGGUCCGGCUAUUUGAUAGCGGCCACUAUCUUAAAGCCUUCGGAGUUGGAGAUGUAUGGGUAGCUGUUGGAUGGAGCAAUGAUGUUAUUCCUGCUGCAAAGCGGAUGUCAAAUAUUGCUGUAGUUGUUCCCAAAUCUGGUGCAAGUCUGUGGGCUGAUUGCUGGGCAAUACCUGCUUCUUCGAGAAUUGCAACUGAUCAAAUUGGAGGAAGAGUUAGAGGACCAUCACCAGUAGUGCAUCAGUGGAUAGAAUUUUGCCUGCAAGAUGAAAGGUUCAAAGACGACGUUGUUCCAGGUGCUUCACCUAACGCCCUUGAAUCACCUGUUAAAGUCUCCGAAAAGCUUACUAGGGGUAGACCAAAACUUGAGACAAACCUUAUUGCUGGAGUCCCUCCAUCUGAUAUCUUGGCUAAAUGUGAACUUUUAGAGCCAUUGCCAGAAAAUGCACUGUCCGAUUAUCAAUGGCUCAUAAAUAGUGUACAAAAACCGAAGCUUUCUCUAGUGGAAAGCCUAAAGAGUCAUAUCUUGUCAUUAGCUCAUAGCUUUCUUCCUAAAGGGCAGUCAAAGUUUGCCUGAAAGAACUCCAUCUUUUGUAAACUAACAUUUUGUUGUUGUGUACACAAUUUAGUUAAACAUGUGUAAUGAUGCAUGCUGUACCUUUACGCAUGCAGUUUUUCCCA